AUGGGGCACUCUCUUGUCUGGCCGUUUCUAGCCGGCGCUGCCUUUUUUGUGCUCCUGGGUACCGCCGCCGGAUCCCACAGUCUUUCUUACAACGCUACAGUGCUGUCCUGGGAUGGCUUUGUUCAGGCCAGAUUUUUUGCUAUGGGAUACCUGGAUGGUCAGGCCUUCGUGCACUUUGAUGACACAAAGUGGAGGGCAGAGCCCCAGGGACAGUGGGCUGAAAGGCUGGGAGCAGAGACAUGGGAGACAGAGUCCAAGGACUUGAACGAGGCAUGUAAGGAGCUCAGAAAACUUCUAGCAGAAAUCCUGUCCCUGCAGAAGGAGAAAAGAGGCUUACAUUCCCUCCAGGAGACUGUGGGCUGUGAGAUCCGUGAAGACAGCCGCGCCUGGGGCUUCAGGCUUCUCUACUUCGAUGGGGAGCUCCUCCUCUCCUGUUACCCGGAGGCCCACGGAUGUGCCCUGCCCCAGUCCUCGUCUCGGACCUUGGCCAUGGAAAUGGAGAAGUCCUGGGACACAGACGGCUUUCUAAGCAAGCAUUACCGGGCCCACGUGCAGGGAGAACUUUGUGGAAGACUGCGGGGCUACCUGGAAUCCUGGACGGGCUUCAUGGAGAGGACAGUGCCACCAGCCGUGAAUGUGACCCGCAGCCAGGAUUCGGAGGGCAUGGUCCACCUCACAUGCAAGGCUUUUGGCUUCUUUCCCCGGAAUAUCUCAGUGGCCUGGUUUCGGGAUGAGGAACCCAUGAGCCGGGACACCCUGGAGUCUGGGGGUGUCCUGCCUGAUGGGAACGGGACCUACUAUACCUGGGAAACCAUAAUAAUUCCCCAAGGAGAGGAGCAGCGGGUCAAGUGCCUUGUGGGACACAGUGGGAAUCACAGUACACACCUUGCAUCCUUGGGUGAGACUGGGUUAUUUAUUUCUUUUUCUUUUCCCGAGAGCCGAUUAGCCUACAAGACCAGGAUCAAUUCCAGACGGAGCCAACUGAUCAUAAUGGCCUCACACACCCAGAAUUUCAAUCCUUGUGUCAGACUCUGGAUCCAUCAGUUCAACUGGGGAAGCUUAGAACGUGCAGCCAGAAGGCCUGAAUUCAGCUCCCUGUCCUGGUCUUACUAA